AUGACGAGAUUAGUUGAUCGGAUUCUAAACUCGUUUUCUCAGACUCACAAACCACUUUCUGAAGAUGUCACGAAAUCAUGGCCCAAAGAUAAUAAAGAAAAUAAAGAGAAACUUUUGAGUUAUAUAAGAGAAAAUGUCAUUGGCUGUGAUAAAGAGUUCAGGGGUCCGUUUGGAUUGCGCAAAGUCACUUACCUGGAUUUCAUAGCCUCGGGCAGAGCUCUGCGGUUCAUAGAAGACUACAUCCAGGACCAGGUUCUUCCAGACUAUGGCAACACACACACGACAACAGGCGUGACCUCGCUACAGACAACACUGUUCCGUCAUGAGGCAAGGGACAUAAUUCGUAACGCUGUGAAUGCCAGCGAGCACGACUCAGUGAUAUUUGUGGGAAGUGGAACAACUGGCGCAAUCCAUAAACUUAUCCACGGACUCAACCUGAACAGUCCGCCUGUCGUGUUCAUAGGGCCGUAUGAACAUCACUCGAACAUUCUACCCUGGAAGGAAAUCACCCCUGAGGUAUUCAGAAUAAAACAACAGAAGAAUGGUUUAGUCGACAUUGCUGAUUUGGAAAACCACCUAAAGAAAUGGAAAGACAAACAGAGACAAAUGAUUGGCUCUUUCAGCGCCGCCUCCAACAUCACCGGUAUCCUGGUUGACGUUGACGCCAUCACAGCCUGUCUCCAUAGAUACGGAGCGCUUGCAUUCUGGGACUAUGCCACUGCAGCACCAUAUGUGAAAAUAGAUAUGAAUCCUUUUGUUCCUGGGUUAGUGGAAAUGAAGCUCGCGUACAAGGACGCAGUGUUUUUGUCAACACACAAGUUCAUGGGCGGAGUGUCAACACCAGGUGUUCUAAUAGCCAAGAACUCUGUGUUUCGUAACAUUGUACCAGAAGGAGGAGGGGGAGGCACUGUGUCUUUUGUUCGGCGAGAUCGACACCACUAUCUACAAGAUCAGGAGGAGCGCGAGGAGGGAGGAACUCCAGCGAUCGUGGAGUCUAUCCGAGCGGGUCUCGUGUUCCAGUUAAAGGAAGCCAUCACCACAGACACCAUCAUGGACAGAGAAAGAUAUCUCUUUGAUAAAGCUAAGACAUACUGGCAGGAUUGUGAGAAUCUAGUUAUUCUGGGUAACCUAAACGUGCCACGACUUCCUGUGUUCUCCUUCCUCAUCUACCACCCAGAAACUGGUCGAUUCCUACACUACAACUUCGUGAGCGCCGUUCUGAAUGACGUCUUUGGAAUCCAGGCUCGCGGAGGAUGUGCCUGUGCUGGACCAUACACUCUGGAUCUGUUAGGUUUGGAUGAACAAGAGGCAGAGAGGCUGGAACACAUGUUGAUGGGAGAUUGGCACAUGGAAGGAACUGGCUCAUGGAAAGAACAACACUGCUCACACCGAGACGUUCUACGAUGUUUCAGGCCUGGAUUUACUCGACUCAGUCUACCAUACUUCAUAGAUGACGACUGUCUGCAGUUUGUGCUGGAAGCUGUGCAGUUAGUAGCACAGCACGCGCACAGCCUCUUACCACAGUACAUGUUCAUCCCAGAAACUGGCGACUGGCGACAGAAGAAUGCUCAGGUGUUUAAAGACCGGAAAUGGCUUGGUCACAUCUCUUACAAGUCUGGUGAGAUGAAUUUGAAAGUUCCUCCACAAACUGAAAAAGGUCCUCUUCCAUCUGACUAUCAGGAUUGCUUACUGCUGGCCAAAGAUAUAUUCAAGAAGUCUGAAAAGGUAACUAAAGUUUUUCCUCUAUCUGACCAGACUCUUCUGUUUGACAACGACUCUCAGCCGUUCCGGUGGUUUGUUCUUCCCAGCGAAGCCUAUGACUGUUUACAUGGCAGCAGAACAACACCUCUUCCUCUGAGUUCGCUCACCGUUGUUCCACAGUCUCUUAAGGCUAAGAUGCAUCUGGAGUUGGACGAUGGAACAGAAUCGUCCAAUGUAGAAGAAGGAAUAACGAGAUGCACCACCACUAGCUUGAAAUCCUCUUUGAAACUACACCUUGAAGAGUCUUUCGUGUCUGUACAACAAGGUUGUGUCUCUCCUGAAAACAGUGUGGGUCGGGAGAACUCCAUAUUCACUGUUAGCAAACAGAAAAUGUUUACUCGUGGGCAGUGUUGUCUGAGAGAUAAACUUCCGUGUAACAAAACUGCACAACCUGCAAGCGAGAUAGAAGCGAUCGCUGAAAACACAACAGACAUACAGACCAAAGCUGUACAGAGAUGUACCAACGAGUCAUCACUUCUGAGACGCCAGACACAGGAAGCCUUUCUCUCCAGACCUCUGCAGCAGGGAGUUAUUUACGCCGAACACAAGUCUCCCAACACAAGUAAUAAUGAGAAAAAUAGCUCUGAGUACAACAUUGGAAAACUGGACGCAAACGGCCAUGGCCAUCACAGGCUCAGGGCUGAUACAGGUAGCCAUUAUGUUCUCGGGGCUAAUACAGAUAUCCGGCGUUCUACCUAUAUUGACAUGUCAGACAUCUAUUAUGAAUUCGAUGUGAGCAUCACGACCAGCAUUGACAGCUCUGAAACCACAGCAGACUGUAAAGAGAAACAACAGAAUAAAUGGGUAUAUCCUUCCAGGACCAUAUUCAAAGCUGCUGUCAAGGCUAUGGAGGAGUAUGAUAUGAUACAACAUGGUGACCGAGUUCUUGUGUGUCUGUCUGGAGGAAAAAAUUCCUUAUCUCUUCUACACACCAUGAGACAGUUCCAGUUCUAUGCUAAAGGAAAGGGUAUGAGUUUUGAGUUUGGUGUGGUGACAGUAGACCCCAAGACCCCGGUCUACGAUCCGACUCCUCUAAAACAAUACCUCUCCGAACUUGGCGUACCUUAUUUCUACGAAUCUCAAGGUAUCCUGGAGACAGCUGAGAAUCUGCCGUAUGAAUGUGCAUCAAUCUGUAGUUUCUGCAGCCGCAUGAAGCGAGGUCGGAUAUACGCUGUGGCACGGCGGGAAGGCUACAACGUGCUGGCGCUCGGACAACACUUGGACGACCUCGCGGAAAGUUUCCUCCUCUCGUUCUUUCACAAUGGAGUAAUACGAACAAUGGCGGCACAGUACACUUUGCAAGAGGGAGAUCUUCGGGUAAUACGACCCUUUGUUUAUGUUCGAGAAAAAGAACUGAGAAACUUUGCCGAUCAGAACCUCCUUCCAGUAAUAACGGAAAACUCGCCAGCAUGCUUUGAGCCUCCAAAGGAACGCCGCAGAAUGAAGCAGCUUCUAGCGAUACAGGAGUUACUGUUCCCUCGACUCUACCACAGCAUGCUGGCCGCCAUGAAACCCGUGAUGACUCGGGGUAAAAUGAUGGUGAAUUCAACAUCCAGUAAAACCCAUCAGUCACGGGGUCAUAUUAACGUGGGAUCUGAUUAUGAGAAACAAAACAACGAUGAUGGUGAUGAAGAGGAGGCUUGUGUCUAUUUGUACAACACUCGAUUGUGA